GCCGGAGCCUCAACAGAAAGCUCCCUUAGUUCCUCCACCACCGCCUCCGCCUCCACCGCCACCUCUGCCAGACCCCACGCCCCCAGAGCCAGAGGAAGAGAUCCUGGGAUCAGAUGAUGAGGAGCAGGAGGACCCUGCAGACUACUGUAAAGGUGGCUACCAUCCAGUGAAAAUUGGAGACCUUUUCAAUGGCCGAUAUCAUGUUAUAAGGAAGCUAGGAUGGGGACACUUCUCUACUGUCUGGCUAUGCUGGGAUAUGCAGGGGAAAAGAUUUGUUGCAAUGAAAGUUGUAAAAAGUGCCCAACAUUAUACAGAGACAGCCUUGGAUGAAAUAAAGUUGCUCAAAUGUGUUCGAGAAAGUGAUCCCAGUGAUCCAAAUAAAGACAUGGUAGUACAGCUGAUAGAUGACUUCAAAAUUUCAGGCAUGAAUGGAAUACAUGUCUGCAUGGUCUUUGAGGUGCUUGGCCACCAUCUCCUCAAGUGGAUCAUCAAGUCCAACUAUCAAGGCCUCCCAGUACGUUGUGUGAAGAGUAUCAUUCGACAGGUCCUUCAGGGGUUAGAUUAUCUUCACAGUAAAUGCAAGAUUAUUCAUACUGACAUCAAACCAGAAAACAUCUUGAUGUGUGUGGAUGAUGCCUAUGUGAGAAGAAUGGCAGCGGAGGCUACUGAGUGGCAGAAAGCAGGUGCUCCUCCUCCUUCAGGGUCUGCAGUGAGCACAGCUCCACAGCAAAAACCUAUAGGAAAAAUAUCUAAAAACAAAAAGAAAAAGCUGAAAAAGAAACAGAAAAGGCAAGCUGAGUUACUGGAAAAGCGCCUACAGGAAAUAGAAGAAUUGGAGCGAGAAGCUGAACGAAAAAUAAUAGAAGAAAAUGUCACAUCAGCUGUACCUUCCAAUGAGCAAGAUGAUGAAUAUCGCCCAGAGGUGAAGCUAAAAACAGCAGAAUUAGAGGAAGCAGCUGAGGGAGAGACUGCUAAUGACAACAAUGGUGAAGCUGAGGACCAGGAUGAGAAAGAAGAUGCUGAGAAAGAAAACAUUGAGAAAGAUGAAGAUGAUGCUGAGCAGGAACUUGCAAACAUAGACCCUACCUGGAUAGAAUCUCCCAAAACCAACGGCCAUAUUGAGAAUGGUCCAUUCUUACUAGAACAGCAGUUGGACGAUGAAGAUGAUGAUGAGGACGAUUGCCCAAAUCCUGAAGAAUACAACCUUGAUGAGCCAAAUGCAGAAAGUGAUUACACAUAUAGCAGCUCCUAUGAACAAUUCAAUGGUGAAUUGCCAAAUGGACGACAUAAAAUCCCUGAGUCACAGUUUCCCGAGUUUUCCACAUCAUUAUUCUCUGGGCCCUUAGAACCUGUGGCUUGUGGGUCUGCACUUUCUGAGGGAUCCCCACUGACCGAAAAUGAGGAAGACAGCCCAUCUCAUGACAGAAGCAGGACGGUUUCAGCUUCCAGCACUGGGGAUUUGCCAAAAACAAAAACCCGGGCGGCCGAUUUGUUGGUGAAUCCUCUGGAUCCACGGAAUGCAGAUAAAAUUAGAGUAAAAAUUGCCGACUUGGGAAAUGCUUGUUGGGUGCAUAAACACUUCACAGAAGAUAUCCAGACACGUCAGUAUAGAUCCAUAGAGGUUUUAAUAGGAGCAGGUUACAGUACACCUGCCGACAUUUGGAGUACGGCAUGUAUGGCAUUUGAGCUGGCAACAGGAGAUUAUUUGUUUGAACCACAUUCUGGGGAAGACUAUUCCAGAGAUGAAGACCAUAUAGCCCACAUCAUAGAGCUGCUAGGCAGUAUCCCAAGGCACUUUGCUCUGUCAGGAAAAUAUUCUCGGGAAUUCUUCAAUCGCAGAGGAGAAUUGCGGCACAUCACCAAGCUGAAGCCCUGGAGCCUCUUUGAUGUACUUGUGGAAAAGUAUGGUUGGCCUCAUGAAGAUGCUGCACAGUUUACAGAUUUCCUGAUCCCGAUGUUAGAAAUGGUUCCAGAAAAACGCGCCUCAGCUGGUGAAUGCCUUCGGCAUCCUUGGCUGAAUUCUUAGCAGAUUCUACAAAUAUAGUGUUCUGAGCUAGCAAAUGUUUUCCCAGUACAUUGGACCUAAACGGUGACUCUCAUUCUUUAACAGGAUUACAAGUGAGCUGGCUUCAUCCUCAGACCUUUAUUUUGCUUUGAGGUACUGUUGUUUGACAUUUUGCUUUUUGUGCACUGUGAUCCUGGGAAAGGGUAGUCUUCUGUCUUCAGCUUAGUAGUUUACUGACCCACUUUCUUCUGGAAACAAUAACAUGUGUCUAAGCAUUG